CAGUCUGACUCCGGCAGGGGACGAAGUUGCUUAACUCCCGAGUAGGAGGGAGCUAACUCUGCUAGCCUGCUGAACCGACAAACACCUUUAAAUACAGAAACACACACACAAAAAACGCCAAACCUCCGACAUCUUCGUGGACUGGAAUACUUUUUUGUAUGUCGAAAAAUACUCUGAAAGUAUUCACACUUUUUUAUUUGCACUAACCAUCGGUACUUCAGAACUACUGACAUCCUUUCUACAAACAAGAAAACAACUCCCCUGUGGAAGUACAGAGCUUCUACAGAAACAAUACACCCAAAAAGCAGCACUUUUAUUCUAAGCCCACUGUCUCGCUCGCAUUCUUGACCCAGAGAUCUUCUCUGUUGCCAACCACGGCUAUCCAAAUCCGACCUGGUGGACACAUUGAGACAAGCGUAAUCCUCUCACAUCUGGUCAACAUCAGCAGUUAGCUAUGCAGCUGGAAAUCCAAGUAGCUCUCAACUUCAUCAUCUCUUAUCUGUACAACAAGCUGCCACGGCGGCGCGUCAACAUUUUCGGCGAGGAGUUGGAACGGCAGCUGAAGCAGAAGUAUGAGGGACACUGGUACCCAGACAAGCCAUACAAGGGCUCAGGAUUCAGGUGCAUCCACGUGGGGGAGAAGGUGGACCCUGUGGUGGAGAAGGCAGCCAAAGAGAGCGGGCUGGACAUCGAGGACGUCCGCAACAACCUGCCCCAAGACCUCAGUGUGUGGAUUGACCCCUUUGAGGUGUCCUACCAGAUUGGAGAGAAGGGUCCGGUCAAAGUUUUGUACGUUGACGACAGCAGUGAAAGUGGACCUAACAGCACAGGGAUCGACCUGGAUAAGGAGAUCAAGAGUUUCAAUCCUGAGGCGCAGGUCUUCAUGCCCAUCAAUGAACCUGUUGGCGGCGCUUCUCCUGCAUCCAGCUCACCAUCGCCUCCCUUUGGCCACUCCGCAGCCGUCAGUCCCACCUUCAUGCCCCGCUCAACCCAGCCUUUGACCUUCACAACCGCCACUUUUGCCGCCACCAAGUUUGGCUCCACAAAGAUGAAGAGCAGCGGACGCAACAACGGUGGGAAUAGUGCCGGGAACAAGGCAGCGCGUACCUCGCCCACCAACCUGGGCCUGAAUGUGAACACUCUUCUGAAACAGAAAGCCAUCUCCACCUCCAUGCACUCUCUCUACGGGUUGGGCCUCAGUACGCAGCAGCACCCGAAGCCUUCGGCCCUGUCGCCCAAUGCCAAGGAGUUUGUGUUCCCCAGUCUGCAGGGCCAGGGCAGCCAGAGCGCGCUCUUCCCCGGGGACAGCUCACUCAGCCUCAGCCCACUGCAGUACAGCAAUGCCUUCGAUGUGUUUGCGGCCUACGGUGGCCUUAACGACAAGUCCCUAAUGGACGGCUUGAAUUUCAGUCUGAACAACAUGCAGUAUUCUAACCAGCAAUUCCAGCCAGUAAUGGCCAACUAGUACGUAUAAAGGUACUACUUUAAGCUACUACUCACAGAAACGACCAGAGAUAAUGUGAUGCGGGAGGGGUGGGAUGAAAAUACAAAUGCACAUUAAGAAAUAAAUAUAAAAAAAGUGUAAACAAAUGCAGAAUGUCAUGACUUAAAGGAAAAAAAGUGACUUGUAAACUGCGAGAUCUAUGUCACGAGUCUGAAAAAGCAUGAGCCCGAGGGUGAAAUACUUUGCCCCCUUGAGUUGUAACCCUUUUAUUUUUAUUUUUUUGGUGAAGCUUGUAGUACAAGUUGUCCAAGCUUGGUUCCCUCAACUUCAACAUUGUCAUUUCUUUUGUACGACUGCGUAACAGGGCCAUUAAAACCAGAAAAAAUAAGGGUUGAAUAAGACAAAUUCAUUACUUUCAGGCAUAACUGGUGAUCACUGAUAAGGAUUAGCAUUUUUUUUUGUGAUAGCUUUUCAAAAUGUAACUAUUUGGAUGACAAAGAUAAAGACAAAAUUAUUUUUCUAAAAAGUUGAAUAAUUUGCUGUAAUAAUUUGUAUAGGUGAUCAAAACCACCCAAGUUUAUUUUUUUACUAAAAGUACCUCCAAAAGUUUCCAGCCCUUAUUUUUUUUUAGUCAUCUUUAAUUGACCCUGGUACUUAGUCAUACUUUUGGCAACCAAGCACAAAAUAUUUUUUAUGUUACUGUUUUAAGAUACGAGAAAAGAAAAAAAAUAUACAAGUUAUGGCCUCUUUCAGUAUUUCAACAUAACUGGACAUUGCCAAUUUGUCGGAAAAAUUGGCUCAAACAAGUGGGAUUUUCUGGUCUUUUUUCUAAUUGUAUAAUUUAAUUUAGUACAGAGUUUGUAAAAUAUCAGAGUAUCUAUUGUUUCUACGACAUGGUAUUGCAUUUAUAUCUUUUUACUACUCCAGUGAUCUGUGAUGGCUGCAGCAACUUUGUUUUCUUUUUUUAUUGAAAAAAAUGAAUCCAGCUGAGGAAAAAAAACAAAAACAUAUUGACUAUUCUAAAGAUUGUGUACAGAAAUAUUCCGUAGUGGUGGAAUUUAAGAAUAUUUGCUUUUUUGAAAAAACAUAAGAUUUGUAUUUUCUGUUAAAAGAUUUUUGCUAUAUUAUGGACAAAUUGUAAUCGUAUAUUAAUUUUGUACCUACAUUGUGCAAUACUUGAUAAAAACAAACGGUAUAACAAAGUAUUCGGAGUCAGUGUCUUACAUGUUAACAGGGACUGAUAGUUUAUUAAGUUUGUAUUAAAAAGCUUGAAAGUA